UUGCUUUUGAUAGCGUCGGUUGAGGAAGCAAAGCAAAAAGCAUAAUGGGAAUAAUAGCACUUUUUCUUUCCUUCAUCGCAGGCAUGUACUAUUUAAUAGCAUCUUUCAAACUGCAGGUUCCUUUGAUACUAAGCCAACUUCUUUCUCUAUAUUAGAGAUCGUUUGGGAUUUGGGGAAUUGACUGAAAAUAAAGAAGAAAAAGAGAGCAGGGAGCUGAGAAAUGAUGGAGAAGAGUAAGGUGAAGAAGAAAGAAAUUCCUGGAAGAAGCUUCAUAGACUUGGUGUUCUCUUGGUCUCUCAAGGAUGUUCUCAAUGAAAAUCAUCUAAAAUACCAGGUGAGAAAGAUCCCACUAAAAUUCUCGUCCACGACAGAAUACAUGAAUUCAUUCUACAUUCCACUCAUUGAGGAAACACAUGCUGACUUGUUGUCAAGCAUGUCAAUGCUGUCUCGAGCGCCAACUCGUAGAAUAUUUUCUCUUCGAAAAUUAAAACAACCUAACGCAUCGAAAGACCCUUUUUACUUUGUUACACUGGAGAGAGAAUUUAUGCCUAAAAUUGGGUCAUAUCAGCCUAUGACUGGAGACCUCAUUGCGUUAACAGAUGUAAGACGACCACAAUGCAGUAACGAUUUAGAGAGAUCCUAUGUUGUUGCUUAUGUAGAAGGCGUGCGAGAAUAUAUGGGUUCUGUUACACUAACAAUCUUGUCCUCAAGGCACAUCACUGUCGAAGAGCAAAAGAACAAGGCCAGAGAAACUAUUUAUGCCGUUUUUUUGAUAAACAUGACCACCAAUAUCCGUAUAUGGACAGCACUGAAGAACUCUGAGCUCAAAGGCGCCAACUUGAACAUCAUUCAACAAGUGCUGCAACCUAAAUCUGAUGAUGCUGAAAAUCGCACUAUCUGCCUUUCUAAAGAAAAUUGCAGCCCUGCCUUUGCAGAUGCGAGGGCUAGGAUCCUCUCUUCUGAAUUAAAUGACUCCCAAAAAGCUGCAGUUGUUAGCUGUUUGGUUGCUAGGGAGAACAAUAAUCAGAGUACUGUGAAACUGAUAUGGGGUCCUCCAGGGACAGGGAAAACCAAGACGGUCGGCUGCUUGUUAUUCUCUCUUCUUAAAAUGAAUUGCAGAACGCUUACAUGUGCUCCGACGAAUACUGCAGUUUUGGAAGUGACACAGCGGCUUCUAAAGAAUGUUGCAGAAUCAGCUGAAUAUGAUAGUUAUGGGCUUGGAGACAUUGUUUUGCUUGGAAAUUGGGAGAGAAUGAAUAUUAGUAAUCAUCAUGGCCUUCUCGACGUGUUCCUUGAAAGCCGAGUUGAUGCCCUAAAAAAAUUCCUUGCCUCACCAUCUGGUUGGGUUAGUACUUUACAAUCAAUGAUUUCUUUUCUCAAGGACCCUCAAGGGCAGUACAGUUCAUACUUGAAAAGGAGACACGAUGAUGUGAUAAAUAGGAAUCAAGGGAAGGAGAUUGAUGGUCAAUCCUCUAAAGACAAGAAGAGCAAGAAAAUCUUGAAGAAAUUUGUUGUUAAAGCCUUGAAUGAAAACAAAAACAAGAAAACAAGGAAGGAAAAGACACCAAAGCAUGAGGAAAAGAAAGAAAGUGGGGAUGGUUCUUCCCAGGAAGAGGAAAAAAAAUGUGAUAAUCCUCUGACACUUGAGGAGUUUGUGCAGUGGCAAUUCAAUUGCAUUGUAGUGAGUCUGAAGGAUUAUCUUGUAGAUUUGAGCACCCAUUUACCUACUUCUUUUAUUUCAUUAGAAGUGGUGAAGAAGAUGAAAAAAGCUCUUGACUUGCUCAAAUCUUUUGAAACUUUGUUGCCUACUGUUAGUGCUGUUGAGAAAGGACUGGAGAAAGUCUUGAGUAAAAAUUUGGGAAGCAAACUCGGAAACUUAGAGAAGAAACUGAGGAUGGUGAGAGACGAGUGUCUUUGCAUACUUAAAUCACUUUCUAAAAAAUUCCCUCCUCUUCCAAAGUUUACCUCUAGGCUUGCCAUAAAAAAAUUCUGCCUAGCAAAAGCAUGUCUGAUUUUCUGCACUGUAUCAAGCUCUGCUAAAUUGUAUACAGAAAAAAUGACUCCUCUGGAGGUACUCGUUAUAGAUGAAGCAGCUCAGCUUAAGGAAUGUGAAUCAAACAUUCCCUUACAACUUCCCGGUCUCCGUCAUGCUAUUCUCAUCGGGGAUGAGCAGCAGCUCCCUGCUAUGGUUAAGAGCAAGGUUUGUGAGGAAGCUGAAUUUGGAAGAAGCUUGUUCCAGAGGUUGGCAUUGCUAGGGCACAGGAAAGACCUUCUCAAUGUCCAGCAUAGGAUGCAUCCAUCCAUAAGCUCAUUUCCAAAUAGGGAGUUCUAUGAGAAUAAGAUUUUGGAUGGCCACAAUGUUAAAGAAAGAAGGUACCAGAGGAGUUUUAUUCAGGGUAAGAUGUACGGCUCCUACUCUUUCAUAAAUGUAGCACAUGGAAAAGAGGAAUUUGAUGACAGCCGCAGCCUAAAAAAUAUGGCUGAGGCUGCUGUGGUGACUCAGAUCGUUGCACGCCUCUUCAAAGAAUCGGUUCGCACAAAUGCAAAGGUUAGAGUGGGAAUCAUCUCACCAUACAAGGCUCAAGUUAAUGCAAUUGGUGAGAAGCUCAAAAACUUCAAAACAGAUUCUAAUGGCAACUUCUCCGUCACUGUUCGGUCUGUUGAUGGGUUCCAGGGUGGUGAGGAGGAUGUGAUACUCAUCUCUACUGUCAGAUGUAAUGGAAACGGAGAUGUAGGUUUUCUAUCCAACCGUCAAAGGGCAAAUGUGGCAAUAACCCGCGCAAGACAUUGCCUUUGGAUAGUGGGAAAUGGACCAACUCUUGAUGAGAGUUGCUCUAUUUGGAUGAAACUAGUCAUUGAUGCCAAGACAAGGGGCUGUUUCUUUGAUGCCGAUGAAGAUGAUAGCUUGGCUCAGGCUAUGACAGAUGCCAUGGUUGAACAUGACCAAAUUCACAUUUUACUCAGCAAUGAUUCUUUUCUUUUCAGAAAGGCAAGAUGGAAGAUUUUCUUCAGCGAUGAUUUUUUGGAAUAUAUGUCAAGAGUUAAAAACCCUUAUAUUUGCAAGGAAGUAGUUUCUUUGUUGACAAGCCUUGCAAAUGGAAACCGUCGAGCACAGAAGAAGAAAAAUGUGUUUGUACAUGGCGGAACUUCUUCCCAAUUACUAGAGCAGUACAAGGUGAAUGGGAACCAGAUUCUUGUUUGGACCGUAGACAUUCUCAAGCAAAAUUCCUGCUAUAUUCAGAUUUUGAAGAUCUGGGGAAUUGUGUCAUUAUCUCAAAUUCCAAAAUUAGCAAGUCUUCUUGAUAUCAUAUUUGAGAGAUAUACAGAGGCCAAGAUGAAUCAAUGCAAAUACAAAUGUUCAGAUGGGAGUUUAGUUGUUCCAAUGAGAUGGCCAAUCCACUCAGGUAGAGUUGAUAAUGUACAGUCAUUGUCAGAAGGGAUAGCUUCACUCAGUCUGAGGGGUGAGUCAGAAACAACAUCUACAACUUAUGGAUACAAUUCAAAGUCCACAACGAGAGGGAGUGUUAAUACACAUACUUGGAGAAGAAAGACUUCCGGUUUCGAAUGAGAAGUGUUAGACAAAUAAAAUUUAGGCGCAAGUUCUAUUCAUUUCAAAUUAUCUAAAGAGCAUCAGGAUAAGUAUCAAGCAGCAGACUGAGACAGAAUCACUAACCAACACAGAACAAGGAAGCAUGGUGAAGAAAAAUCAACACUUUUUUUAAUAAGUUACAGUGAAGGAACACAAGUAGCACAAAAAAGUGACAUUAUUGUAUGCUGUUGUUUAGAAGAGUAAGACUAUAAAGUUCCUUGUAUCAAUAUGAUUCUGGUCAUUUAUUUAUUAUAUGGCUGGGUGACGUGACACAUACCAAAACAGCCCAAAAAAGUGACAUGAUAACCGUGGGAUUUCAAGCAGUGUAUGGAUAAAACGGAUUGGAUCAUCCUUUAAAAAUUUAACUAAAACUUUGUUCAUUACCAUAUGCAUUCAUAGCUGGCAUUUGUAUAUAUAAUAUACUGGUUAAUCAGAAAAAUAAUUUCCAUAAUUAGUUUAAAAAGAAGAAUAAACAUUCUAAACUAUUUGGCUAGUAUGUUCAUGACAAAACCAAAGAG